CACCACCAUCAUCAUCAUCAUCAUCAUUAUUAACAUCAUCAUUUUUAUUAUCAACAAAUAAUGGUCGAAAUGAAAAAUGGAUUAAAUUUAAUCAAACAAUUUGUUUUAGUUUACUAGUCUUUCAUCUAUUAGCAACAACAACAUCAUCAAUUUUUUGUCUAACAAUUUUAGAUAAAACAACAACACCAACAACAACAGAUUCCAUUGCCAAGUAUCCCAUUCAUAAACACAUGUCCAAACAAGAUCUCCUUUCAGUGUUUUAUGUCGACUCUCAUGAUAAAGUGCCCGAAUAUGAAUUAUCCAAUAUUCGUUUGUUGACCAAAAGAUCAAUACAAGAACAAAAUGAUAAUGAUAAUAAUGAUAAUAAUAAUGAUAAUGGUGAACAACAUCGACAUGAAGUAUAUUUGAAAGCAUUUGGAAGAAAAAUGCGUCUAAAAUUACAAGAUAAUAAUGAUUUUAAUGAAAGAGUUAAAGAUAUGAAAGUGAUUUUAGCUGAAACAUCACGUAAUGGUAAAUUACAAUAUGUUGAAGAUUUAACAGCUGCUGAUACAAAAAAUGUUGGCACUAGUUUUCAUGAUAAAGACAAUAUGGCUGCAAUAGUUCUUGAUCAUGAUUCCAGAGGCAAAGUACGAUUGCAUGGAACAAUUGGCAAUGAUCUUGUGAUAAAACCUAUACCUGAAACAAUCGAUAAUCAUAAUAAAUUAUUCAAUGAAAUGGAUAAUAAUGAUAAUGUUGUCGAUACGGAUAAUAAUAAUAAUGAUGAUGAUGAUGAAAUGUUUUUAAAUGAUGAUGAUUUUAAACAAUUUAAACGACAACAACAUUUAAAUCAUAAUAAUCAUAAUGAUUAUGAUGGUAUUAAUCAUCCACAAUCGAUGGUAAAUUCAUCAAGAAAAUUAACAAAUGAUAAUAUUCAUAUUAUUUUUAAACGAAAAUUACAUCAAGAUUAUCCACAGCCGCCAACCGAUUUCGCCGUGUUAGAACAAGGUGAUGAAACCAAUGCCAAUAUAUUAUCACCACAAUGGUUAGGUAGUUUUAAUGAAACAAUAAUGAAACGAACGGCACGUCGAAAACGACAAGCACCCGGUACUGUUUGGCCAGAAGUAUUAUUGGUUGUUGAUUAUGAUUCAUUUAUGUUACAUGGUGCAACAAGUCGUGAUGUGAAACGUUAUUUUAUUAGUUUUUGGAAUGGUGUGGAUCUUCGUUAUAAACUAUUGGCACAUCCACAGAUUCGUGUCAGUUUGGCCGGAAUGAUUGUUGCAAAGGAUCGAGAUGCAACACCUUAUUUGGAACGAAAUCGUUUACGACCACCAAAUGCUGAUGCAGUUGAUGCUGCCGGUGCAUUAACCGAUAUGGGAAAAUAUCUUUAUCGUGAAGAUCGUUUACCAACAUAUGAUAUGGCCGUUGUUAUUACUAAAUUAGAUAUGUGUCGUCGACGUUACGAAGGUGGACGAUGUAAUCGUGGUACAGCUGGAUUUGCCUAUGUUGGUGGUGCUUGUGUUGUGAAUAAACGUUUGGAAAAAGUGAAUAGUGUGGCCAUUAUUGAAGAUAGCGGUGGAUAUAGUGGAAUUAUUGUUGCUGCACAUGAAGUUGGUCAUUUACUUGGCUGUGUACAUGAUGGUUCACCACCACCAAGCUAUCUUGGUGGUCCUGGUGCUACUCGAUGUCCAUGGGAAGAUGGUUUUAUUAUGAGCGAUCUACGUCAUACUGAACGUGGUUUCCGUUGGUCAACCUGUAGUGUGGAACAAUUUAAACAUUUUUUAAAUGGUGAGACGGCAACUUGUCUUUAUAAUUUUCCACAUGAAAAUCAAUUAUUACCACGAGUUUUACCUGGCUCAAUGCUUUCAUUGGAUGAACAAUGUAAACGAGAUAGAGGAACAAAUGCCUGUUUUAAAGAUUCACGUGUUUGUGCACAAUUGUUUUGUUUUGAUAGUGCUUCUGGUUAUUGUGUUUCAUAUCGUCCAGCUGCUGAAGGUUCAUCAUGUGGUGAUGGCCAGAUUUGUCGAAAUGGUAAAUGUUUAGCUGAAAUGGAAAAUAUAAUACCAGAUUAUUCACAUGUACAACAAUCAAUACGAGCAAAACCGGAUAGAAUAUUAUCACGUAUUGAUGCUGCACCAUCACCACCAUCACCAAUGCAUAUACCUCCAUUUCGACGAUUUCCACGUCGUGAUCCAUUUUUUCAUCAUCGUCAUAAUAAUAAUAAUUUCUUUCCACAUGCAGCCGCAUCCGAACAAAUUGAUAUUGAUGACAAUAAUGGCCACCACCAACACCAACAACAGCAUUAACAUCAACGAUAAUAAUGAUGCCAAAAAUCUUUUCCAUCAAGUUCCCCCUC